AAGCACUGUUAUGUUCAAUUUUAAGCUAAAAGUGGAAAAAGCGCGACACACAAAAAAUGCCAAGUGAAAUAAUUACCCUGCAAUUGGGCCAAUGCGGCAAUCAGAUUGGUUUUGAGUUUUGGAAGCGCCUGUGCCUGGAGCAUGGCAUUUCGCCGGAUGGGGUGCUUGAAGACUUUGCGGCCGACGGACACGAUCGCAAGGAUGUGUUCUUCUACCAGGCGGACGACAAUCAUUAUAUACCACGUGCCGUACUUCUAGAUCUAGAACCUCGCGUCAUACACAACAUCAUGAGCUCGACCUAUGCCAAGCUAUACAAUCCGGAGAACGUUUACUUGUCCAAGCACGGUGGCGGCGCUGGCAACAACUGGGCUUCUGGCUUCAGCCAAGGCGAAAAGGUGCAGGAGGAGGUGUUCGACAUAAUUGAUCGAGAAGCCGAUGGCAGCGAUUCGCUCGAGGGCUUUGUGCUCUGCCACUCCAUAGCCGGCGGCACGGGCUCCGGCAUGGGCUCGUACGUGCUGGAACGCCUGUCCGACCGAUUCCCCAAGAAGCUCAUUCAAACGUACAGCGUUUUCCCCAAUCAGGACGAGAUCAGUGACGUUGUUGUGCAGCCAUACAAUUCGAUACUCACCCUGAAGCGGCUGACCAAGUGCGCAGACUGUGUCGUGGUGCUGGACAACACGGCCUUGAAUCGCAUAGCCACCGAACGGCUACACAUACAAACGCCCACAUUCACCCAGAUCAACAACCUGGUGUCCACCAUCAUGAGCGUUAGCACAACCACCUUGCGCUAUCCCUCCUACAUGAACAACAAUCUGAUUGGUCUGACCGCGCCGCUGAUUCCUACGCCGCAGCUACACUUUCUCAUGACGGGCUACACGCCGCUGAUCACAGACCUCGAGACCAAGACAAAUGUGCGCAGGACAACAGUUUUGGAUGUGAUGCGCCGCUUGCUACAGCCGAAGAACAUGAUGGUGUCAUCCACCGCCGACAAGCGACACUGUUACAUCUCCAUAUUGAACAUUAUACAGGGCGAGGUGGAUCCCACGCAGGUGCACAAGUCGCUGCAGCGUAUACGAGAGCGCAAGCUGGCGCAGUUUAUACCCUGGGGCCCGGCUAGCAUUCAGGUGGCGCUAUCACGCAGCUCGCCCUACGUCCAGACGGCGCACAAAGUGUCCGGCCUGAUGAUGGCCAAUCACACGGGCGUCAGUGCUCUCUUCAAUCGUGCUCUGGCCCAGUAUGACAAGCUGAAGAAGCGCAACGCCUUCCUAGAUCAAUUUCGGCGCGAGCCCAUGUUUCAAGAUGAUCUGACCGAGCUGGAUUUGGCGCGCGACACGGUUGACUGCCUGGUGCAGGAGUACGAGGCAGCCACACAGAUGGACUAUCGACACUGGAGUCCGCUCUCAAAUGGUGUCAAGCCCAUUUAAAAUGAAACUCAUAAUUCUCUGAAGUCUAGCUAAUUAGACUGUGUUAUCCUGAACCAAAUAUAAAUUAAACUUAUAGUUUGGCAGUCGCAUUCAAAAUCCAUCUCCCUCAGCAGAUCAGCCAUAUGUUUCUUCUUCUUUAAGUCGUUGAAGACUUUCUGUAGGUGCUGAAAUCCAACGAACUUUCAGCAUUUGCAUAUUGCAUGAAAUUCAUAACAAAUAAACAAUGAAGCAUCAGUUUUUAUUACCUGAUCUUCAUUAUUUAAGGUAUUAUUAAGUAUUAACCUACAAUGAAAGAUUAUAUACAUUUUUUAUACAA